AUGGGGGACAGUGGAUAUGGGCACUGGGCAGAGGGUUCCGAGAGGAGCACUGGCCAGGCAUCGGACCUUGUCCAGAGGUGCAGGCCAGCCAAGCUCACUUCCAGCAGCCUCCCUCCACCCACCCACUACAUCCCUUUCCUGAAUUUCCUGGCUUUACCGGAAACCAGCCUUGAUUUGGCAGAGCUGCUGGCCGAGCUGUCCACCUGCUCGGCGCCGCAGACGCAGCGCAUCUUCCAGGAGGCCGUGCGCAAGGGCAACACGCAGGAGCUGCAGUCGCUGCUGCAGAACAUGACCAACUGCGAAUUCAACGUGAACUCUUUCGGGCCGGAGGGCCAGACGGCGCUGCACCAGUCGGUCAUCGACGGCAACCUGGAACUAGUGAAGCUGCUGGUCAAGUUCGGCGCCGACAUCCGCCUGGCCAACCGCGACGGAUGGAGCGCGCUGCACAUCGCUGCGUUCGGCGGCCACCAAGACAUCGCGCUCUAUCUCAUCACCAAGGCCAAGUACGCGGCCAGCGGCCGGUGAUGCCCGGCCGGGCGCCCGCCUCGCCCCUGCUGGACCUUCCCUCCAACUACCUCGGA